UUUUUUCUUCCGACUUUCGUGUCUACUUCUAGUCUACUACAGUUCUACAGUACUUCUGGGCUGCUAAGGCUAGGCUCUUGCUCUCACUUGUUCGCAGAUGAUAAUAAUUAUUAUUCUGUUGCUAUCAUCACGUCGCCUGCGGUGCGAGCGUGUUUCAGGCGACAGUCUACCGUAUACCUGAUCUGUGCCUGAUCCACAGCCAGCAAACCCAUUGCCAGAUUGCAGGAUGACGAAUUAUUUGAAACUAGAAAGGAAGCUUGAACGCUACAAGUGACUUCGAAAAACAUGAUUUGCUGGUAUUCAGCGCUACGAUUGUAGUGUUCCAACAGUUUGUGAUGGACGUGCACCCGUACUAACGUCGCGUGGUUUUCGAGAGGCAUUUCUUUGCAGUCUUUGCCAUAGCCCAUCUACAUCGAUCUAGGCCCUGGCCUAGCAGGGGUCGGACAAACGUGUCAGCUGGAGGAAUUUCCGGUGGAAACUCUGGACAGGUGGACAGGAUGAAGUGGCCAACGGGCGUGUCUGGAACGGUCGCUUUGGUACUUUAUGGUGUAGUACAUGUGUUGGUGCUGAGAUCGUGUGGACAAAUACUCAACCUCGAUCAUCCGCUGCUUUCCGGGGAGGACACACCAAUGAUAUGUUCGGCUUUCUUCAACAACGGGGAUCCCGACGAUGACAAGACGUACAGCAUGUUGGAAGCAGCCAUCCUGCCUUUCCAUAGCAGCUUCUCUUUAGGCAACAUGAGCUGUUCUGGAUUUCUAGGAUGGGAAGCAUACCAACUUGCUACUGCACUGGAGUAUGGCUUGACCUUUGGAGCAGAAGACCUUGCGGCCGACCUGAAAGUGUUCUCUGACGUGGCGUUUGUCAUCCGCGACUCGUGCUCCUCGAAUCUUCUAGCUGCGGCCCAGGUGCAGAACGUGCUGUCGGUACAGCGCGGUGAUCUGCCAGCUGUGGCUGAAUACGGAGAUGGCAAUGUGCUAAUACGCGACUUGGACUUGAACAUCACUCUGCUGGACCACGACGUCAGGGCAUGUGACCAGGGCACGGCUGGAUCCAUAUUCGGUUGCCAUGCACUCGCUGAGCUGCUGGAAAUCGCAACGGACGCGGAUUUGGACUCGCGCAAUGAGACCCUACUGGAUCUCGGCCGAUACGUCAGCAAUGGCGAUCCAGUGCCGCCAAAUUUGGCAUUCACCGCAAAGGAUAACGCCAGACCGGCUUCAAACAGUUUGUUCAUUCCAAUGGCUAGUCAGGAAGCCAUCGCCAUUUCUCCUCUGCUGUCUGCCAGGACCAUCAUACACAUCAGUGCGUGGGCUUCAAGCCCGAUAUUUAACAACAACAACGAGUAUCCGUACUUCUUUCGAAUGACACCAUCUGAUGAUCACCAGGUGGAGGCCAUUGUGGACCUCAUCACGGAGCUGGGAGCAACGUACGUGGCACUGAUUGCUGGAGCUGACCAGCUCUAUAGCGGGCAAGGCUACAACCUGAUCCGUGAUCGGUCGCGUCGUGACGGUAAAUUCUGCUUUGCCGUGCAGCAGCGCAUCUCCGCUGAGGACCCAGAGUCUCUGGAGGAAGCGGCUGUGGCAAUACGAAACAGUCCGAACGCAAGGGUCGUCAUCAUCUUCGCCACGCCCAGACAAAUGACGGCAUUCAUACCAGUCUACAAUCAGCACAACAUUACGGAUCGCAUCAUCAUCGGCAGUAGUGACUGGUUUACACGACUGGAUUACGCCAGCACUGUUCCAACCAGCUCCGCGUUCUACAAAACAACCGUUCUGGGAUUCGUACCGACUCCCGAGCGCAUAUUCCUGGACGCUUACCUUCUGACAGCUGGCUAUUCCUUUGGGCUAAAGCAAGAAUACUUUGGCCGACAGACGGCGAAGGGUAGUCCAUAUGCCAGGACGUACUUGGAGAGAGUCGGCAACUGCUCGAUAUCCAGCAGAGUUGUUCAGUCCUGCCAAGCGGCUUUCUUCAAGUCCAGCCAGCAGUACCCGGACUGUGACGCCGACUUCCCCGUCCCGGACUUCGAGCUAACAAUUGCUUCCGUCACUCUGUUCAUGGUGCGUACGCUGCUUAGCGUCACGCUCGCCUCCUCCUCCAUUCAGCCGUACUGCCGUGAUGGGCAGUGCACGCUGCUCACAAACCCGGUCAACGCCCUGGAAAUUCUCAGAACGUACCGCGAGCUGACGCUGCCCUGCUCCAUACGCGGUGUGAAUAGAACGUGCGAGGUUUUCACCGUGGGCCAGAGUGGAUUCCCGUACUUUGAGCUGCAGGCGCUGCGAGUGACAACAACUGCUAACGAUGAUGGUCGUCAGCGGCUGUCUCGAGUAGGCGUUGGUGACUGGUUCACUGAGGGAGGUGAAACGUAUGACACGAGGUUACAAUGGUACACACAUAGCUGUGUUGAUUUUGGUGACGCGGAGCAGGGCUGUGUGAACAUGACGGCUCGCAGGCAGGAGAUGGCAGCGUUGGGAGAGAACAACGGAACAUCGCCGCCAGACAACCGACAGCCUGCAGUUCCGUCAUCGAUAUGCAGUGAGCCCUGCAGGCCAGGGUACUUCUUGCGGCAGACCAGCUUGCAGCAGUUCUGUUGCUGGACGUGUAUUCGUUGCAGCACGGGUCACUUUAGCGAGGAGGUGAACUCCCUGGAGUGUGACAGGUGCGACGUUGGACUUGUCACCAAUGUCAAUCGCACACAGUGUAUUGAGCCGAUCAUCGUACGCUGGCCCUGGCCCAGCUACUGGUCAUGGAUUGUCAUUGCACUGUGUCUGUUUGGCGCGGCUCUCACUGCUGUCGUUCUGGUCUUCUUCAUUAGACACCGGCGGGAACCGAUGAUCCUGCGUUCCAAUAUCGUGCACAUGACGUUCGUACUGGGCUCGGCCAUUUGCACUUUUCUGAUCAACAUAGUGCUUCUGUAUGUACCGAGGUCUACGAUUGGUCAUUGCCACAUUCACAACAUGCUCUUUCUGCUGUUCACUGCCGCAUCGAUCAGUGCGCUGAUCUUGAAAACCAACCGUCUCGGCACCAUAUUCAGCUCCAUGCAGGUGAUGGACGGCAGGCGAGGUGGCGGACUUCGCCGCAAACUGCUCAGCAACGAGGGCCAGGUGUUUCUCAUACUGUUCUUCACGUUCCUCUUCUGCAUUCUGUACUAUGCUCUGCGGGAAGCACUUCCGGCAGCACCGCAGCUUGUGUUUGUUGACGAGCAGCACGCUGGGUAUUCAUGCCGGGACAAUGCCAUCGCCAAUGGUGUGCUCCUGGGUUGCUUUGUGGCAGUGAACAUACUUGCCUUCUAUCUUGCCUUUCAAACACGCAGCCUUCCCGACGACUACAACGACUCCAAGCUCAUCAUGGUCACCAGCAGUAUCUGUACCAUCGUUCUGCUAGCAUUCCUGCCGGCUUUGCUGAACACCGAGCUGGAUCUCCGAAUGGUGGUCAUCAGUCUGGUGAUCAUGGCAUAUCACUACGCCGCUGUUAUCACACUGUGUUUGCCACGCGUCUACUGGACCCAGUUUGGAUUCACGGAGAACUACAAGCGCCCAGCGACCAGCAGCAAUGAUUCCACUACGAAGAGCAAUGGCCGGCCAUCUCUCGCAUCGCAACAAGUUGCUACGCCCACACUCAGUAAUCGCCACGCACUUGUCUCCAUGCAGUCGCUCCACUCUACAACUGGUCCGCAUUCCGUGAAGGUACGCUAGCCAUGGAUAAGAGUAUAGAGGAGGACGGCGCAGUGAACGGUACCUCUGAGCAAUACACACAUUACAAAAGCAUGAGUGCGUCACAAGAUUCCAUGUGCACUGCAGAUUAGUGGACAGUACUGUCGUGGACAUGGACGUCCGGUCGAAUGACCGGGGCUGGCGCCCACAGUGCGUACAGAACGUUGCAUGCAACGUACAUACACAUGUUGAUCGCAUGUUGACCGCAUGCGCACUCACAGCUGUAUGGCCAGCGCCCUCGGGCCGCUUGACCUGAGACCGGUUUUCCAUGUCCAUGCCAGUAGUGUAGUUUGUAUGACUGUGCUCGUUGACCGGCCGACUGUGGACUUGUAAAGCGCUGGCAUGCGGUGGAUCAAUAACAGCGUUAUAUUCAUUAUUCAACACAAGAUAUUGAUUUUUUGUUUGAUUUGCAAUCUGGUGGUUCUCUGAGCAUGUUGAAAGAAUUCCUGUGUACUUGAGCCGGCAGCGAACAUCGGUCAACUGUCUACCUUGCUUUUACCUGUCUAGAGAUUGUUGUUAUCAAGAGUUGAUGAGCUAGUCCAUGUGUGAAACGAUAUCCAUCACUCAGAUGGAUGGAUUCUGUAUUCUCUUUAUUGUCUAGUCUAGCAGCGCAGAUAUAUUAUCGGCAUUAUCCUGAGAGCAUCCUGCUCCUGUAUCCGAUCGGAAAUUAAUGCACAGAAAUGCCUGGCCCUGAAGAACGCAGGGGGUCCAGGGGAGCAGAGUCACAGAUUAUCCUACUGUAAAACAUGUAUAUAAUAAUUAUAACGAGGAAGUAAAUGUAACGUUUUAACGGAUGACAUUUCUUCGUUAUGAUAAGAUCCGUUGAGGCCGUACUGCUUCAUAUAUGUUGUGCGUGGGUAUGCCGGAAUACUGCAAGAUCGUUAACAAUUCUUCUCGUUAACCUAUGAAUUUUGGACAACCGUUAAA